CGCGGCCGGGGCAGUCCCGCAGCCGAGCGCAGCCGGGUGCACGCGCCGCCGCCCGCUCGCCCGGUGCCGGUCGCAGCCCCAACCUGGCCCGGGCCGGGAGCGGAGGGGACAGCGGGGAUCGCGAGCUCCGGCCCCGAGCGAGCCGGCGCGCCCGCCGCGGAGUCGGCACCUGAAGGCCAUGGAGGAAAGAUCAGCAGAGACCAAUGCCAGUGUAGACAACUCGGCGCCCCCCUCGGUGGCCCAGCUGGCUGGGCGGUUUAGGGAGCAGGCAGCUGCAGCAAAGGAGACACCAGUCAGUAAACCAACAAGAAGGAAACCGCCCUGUUCCCUCCCUCUGUUCCCCCCCAAGGUAGAGAUGGGCCAGAAUGGAGAGGAGAAAUCACCGCCCAAUGCGAACCACCCUCCAAAAAUCAAGGUGAAGAGCUCACCUCUGAUUGAGAAACUUCAGGCCAAUUUAACCUUUGAUCCGGCGGCUCUGCUGCCAGGAGCCUCACCUAAGAGUCCCGGACUCAAGGCCACGGUGUCGCCAUUUCACAGCCCGCCUUCUACCCCCAGCAGUCCUGGAGUGCGGUCUCGGUCCAGCGAGGCAGAGGAGGUGCCUGUCAGCUUCGACCAGCCGCCUGAAGGCAGUCAUCUGACCUGUUACAACAAGGUAAGGACGAGGGGCUCAAUAAAAAGGCGCCCUCCCUCCAGGCGAUUCCGAAGGUCUCAGUCAGACUGUGGGGACCUUGGAGAUUUCAGGGCCGAGGAGUCAUCUCAGGAGAAUGGUGCCAAGGAAGAGAAUGGGGAUGAGGUGUUCCAGUCCAAGAGCAAGACCCCAGGAUCCCCUCCGUCCAGCGAGGGGGUGGUGGGAGAGGGUGUGAAGAGAAGCCUGGGGCCUGCUGAAAAGCCCCCUCUGAGGAGGACAUCCAGCAGGACAGAGAAGCAGGAGGAGAAGGACAGAGACACAGAGGAAGCCAAGCAAUGGGAGAAGGCUGGGCGGAAUGCAGAAGAGGAGAACGGCCGGUGUCCGGCCCAGGAAGGGGCCCUGGAACCACACCAAACCUGCAGCCCAGAGGCUGAGAAGGGGUGCAGGAGCCCCAGGGAGGAAGAACCAGCUGAAGAGUCUGCAGAGGUGAAGGGGGAGAGCAUGAGAAAAGAAGAGGGUAGGCCCAGAGAUAAGAGCCACGACACAAAGAAGCCGGAGGAGGGAGCUGUGGGGGAGACCCCCCUGAGUGCCCCUGGAGGGAUGGAGGGUGGCAACAUCCCUGAGCAGGAGAAAGGCAAGCAGAAGCAAGAGGAGGGGGCAGCUCCGGAGCCCAGCUGCAGCCCCGAGACCAGCCAUACCCAGCUGGAGACUGGCAGUGAGGUCCCCAAGGCAGAGGAUGAUACUCUGGUUCAGGACACUAAAAUGUGAAGAAGAACUCAUUGUGCCCUAGUGAUGAAGUUGCUGAUGACAUCUCUCUGGAAUUAGCAGCAAAAAUAGUAGCAGCAGCAGAUGAAACUCCAAGUGUCUGGAGUCACUCUGAAGACACAAGGUGUAUUAUCUCCUGGCCUCCACACUGAAUGCUCCCCCACAGAUGGUGACUGGAUCUGAGAGCAGGAGACUUUUGUCAACUUGAGUUUGUGUCAUUUGAUGGAUUUGGCUUUAAAAAAAGAAAAGAAAAGAAAAGAAACAAACUUACCUAAAACAAUUUACUAUGGUGGCAACUCCCCAGGGAUCCUGGACACUGUCCACACUCACCCAUCCCUGCAGCUGACCUCUGAACUGAGCUCUGAUUUAGCUUACCAGAUUUUGUUGUGUAAAGUUAUAGCCUUUUUACUGUUCUAAAGUUUUUAUGGUUCUCAAAUGUAAGUAAAAACUAACUUUAGGUGGCCAGAAACAAAAGAAAAUAGUAGUUUUUGAAAAAAUAAAUCCUAUAAGUUACAGAAGACCUUAAGUUGUAUCAAGACCCUGGAGAGAACCUUUCAGCUUGGUUCAAAUUUGAUUUGGCCAACCUAUUUUUAAAACACUGGACUAGAAGAGAUCAUUAUUGAAACAGUAAAAAAUACGUGUGCACCAAUAGGAGCUUUUUUUUUCCUGUCGAUAGUUUUCUAGUUGAUGACCACCAUGGGAUGUCACUGCCUCAGGUCACUCCCUGGUACCACCCUGGAGGAGACUGUGGAGAACUCCCAUGGAGAGGCAGAAUGUCAAGAGGUUUCAUGCUCCUGCUGCAUUUCCUCAUCCUGAAAGCACAGCAGUGAUACCUGAACAAGGAUGAGUUAAUGCACUUCCAGAAGGUUAUCCUGAGCAUGGAUUAGAUGUUUCCUGGGAGGUGCCUUGAGUGCCAUGAUGUGCAGGCUACAUAGUGAAAACAUCCUUCCUAGCUUCCCUGGGAAGCCUUUCUUGUAUCUAAGCCAAGUUCUCCUUCCUGACUUAGGAGGAGUGAGUUGGGAUCUUUGGUCUGUUCUUGCUGGGUAGCUCUUGGUUUAAUAUUCUGUUUGGAGAGUGUAGGAGGUUUUGCAAGGGACAGGGGCCUGGCUACCCAUUCCUUGACUUAUACCCUCUCACCUCUUCACACACUCCUGUUUAAAGAUGUUAAACCAAAUCAAUGUUUAAUCUUUGGGUUGGUCCUUAUUCUGACUUGAGUUUUUCAAUGUCUCAAUGUUCUGAUUUGAUAGUUGGAGCAAUUGUUUUUCUGGAGGUCUGUUAGAGCACCCUACCCUGAGUUCAGAAACCAGUCUCCCGGACAAAAAAGCCUUAUGUCACCACUAGUACCUCAAUUUUCUUACGUCAUUUGCAGCUUUUCUAGUUCCAAGUUAGUGUUAAUAUUUGGGAUAUAUAUUUCUCCAAAACUGUUUUUAAAUAGUUUAUAACUUGUAACAAACUUGUAAACUGUUCAAGACUGAUACUGUCAUUGCUAUCAUAAACUCUGGAUUUUAGCAAAAUUUGGGAAAUAUGUGUGUGCCAGUUAUUUUGAGAUCUAUAUUCUGUUUAUUUAUCUAUCUAUCUAUCUACAGAAAAGUCUACCCCCUAAACAAUACAUAGUAUCAUUUA